AUGGUGGGGGAUAAUGUGAACAAAAGAAUACCAGCAAAAAGAAUCUCCAGGCUCGGAAGAGGCGACUCUGCCGGGGUUAAACCAUGGCUAAAUAAGCCAAGAAAGCCAGGUCCCCGAAUUCUGGCUCUUGGAGAGAAAAACAAACACUCGGCUGAAAAAGUCAAGCCCUCUCCUCAUAUCUACCCCGAGAUUAAAGAGCCGCCGGCUUGGCCGGAACCCCAAUCUGUUCCCCCACCCCCUUAUCCGGCACAGGGUGCUGCGAGGGGACCCUCUGCCCCUCCUGGAGCUCCGGCGGUGGAGGGACCUGCUGCAGGGACUCGGAGCCGGAAGGGCGCCACCCCGGAGCGGACAGAUGAGAUCGCGACAUUACCGCUGCACACGCUCUUGGAAGCCUUCAGGCGGUACACCCCUUUUGAUCCCACCUCAGAGGCCCAAAAAGCCUCAGUGGCUUUGGCCUUUAUAGGACAGUCAGCCUUAGAUAUUAAAAAGAAGCUUCAGAGACUGAAAGGGUUACAGGAGGCUGAGUUACGUGAUCUAGCUAUCGCAGCUGUGGCCAUGCUGGUCAAGGACGCUGACAAAUUGACUUUGGGACAGAAUAUAACGGUAAUAGCCCCCCAUGCAUUGGAGAACAUCGUUCGGCAGCCCCCAGACCGAUGGAUGACCAACGCCCACAUGACCCACUAUCAAAGCCUGCUUCUCACAGAGAGGGUCACGCUCAAGGCAUUUGAGUGGGUAAGACAACGAGCGUGGAGACAACUCCGGGAGGCCUACUCAGAAGAAGGAAACUUGCAAAUCCCACAUCGUUUCCAAGUGGGAGAUUCAGUCUACGUUAGACUAAAAGAGUUUAUUCUACUAGGCUUUGCGGAUCGUCCCUUGCUGGAGCUUCCUCUAUUCAUUAUUCUGCUUCUAACAUACCCCAUGGCCAUGGUGGGAAACAUAGCCAUAUUAGACUCCCGUCUGCACAGCCCCAUGUAUUUCUUCCUCACCAACCUCUCCUUUCUGAACAUGUGCUACACCACAAGCAUUGUCCCUCAGAUGAUGUUUCACCUGGGAGGAUCUGAGAAGACAAUCAGCUAUCUGGGCUGUGCCAUUCAGCUUUAUUUCUUCCACAUAAUGGGAGGCACAGAAUGUCUGCUUUUGGCUAUUAUGUCUUUCGAUCACUACGUGGCCAUCUGCAAGCCUCUGCACUACACCCUCAUCAUGAAUCGGUGCACCUGUAUCCUACUGGUGGCUACUGUGUGGCUGGGUGGAAUGACCUACGCUGUCUCAGAGGCCACUGUCACAUUACGCUUACAACUGUGUGGUCACAACACACUGGAUCACUUGGUAUGUGAGGUUCCUGUUCUGAUAAAGGCAGCCUGUGUUGAGAAGGGCUCCAAUGAGCUCACACUCUCUGUGGUUUGCAUUUUCAUGUUAGCUGUGCCACUAUGCUUCAUUCUUGCUUCCUAUGCUUCUUUUGGACAUGCUGUAUUUAAGAUUAAAUCUUCGGAGGGAAGAAAAAAAGCCUUUGGCACAUGUUCCUCCUAUCUCAUUGUAGUUUUCUUCUCUUAUGGUCCAGGCAUUAGCAUGUACCUUCAGCCCCCUUCCUCCAUCUCUAGGGACCAGCCCAAGUUCAUGGCUCUCUUCUAUGGAGUGGUGACUCCUACACUCAACCCUUUCAUCUACACUCUGAGGAACAAGGAUGUAAAGGGUGCCUGGGGCAACCUGGUGAGGAGCGUUUUCACUUCCAAGUGAUAGUUCGCAGACAUCAAAUGACAUUCUUUAACAAGUGAGUAGGUAUAUAGGAGUUUCUCUGACAAAUCAUUCUUGUCUCAUACUUCCCCAGAUCAUGGCACAGGGUCUUCUUGUCCUGUGUCCUGUUUCUCAUGUUCUUUCUAAUGCUCUUAGACCAAGGGGACACUUGGCUAAUAAUGCACCCAUAAGGGCACUGUUUGUGGAAAUGUAUUAAAAAGAGUUCUAUUCUGGUGGCACACACUAAAAUUCUAAUGGUGUUAAGAAGUGAAUAAAGUAAUAAU